AUGAUCUGGGUGCCGGUUACCGAAGCCAAGAAGAUCAUGGCCGACGUGCGCAGCUCCGACAACCGCAAACACAGCUCCGAUGUCCGCAGCUUUGACGACCGUGGCAAAGAAGAAGCAGCGAUCUCCCUCGCAGCCGCGCCGAAUAAAGCCCCUGUGGCCCUAGCAAAAACACCCAUAGCAACCAUCCCGUCGCCCACCGUGCAAUCCGCACUACCGCUGCCUGCUCCAGCGGCUAUCCCGCUGCCUGCUCCAGAGGCUAUCCCGCUGCCUGCUCCAGCGGCUAUCCCGCUGCCUAUAUCUGGUGGGCUGCUGGACGCGUCUUCCCCGGCCGUGUUGGCCACCAGCACUAGCGGCGCUACCGUGCUUGCGACCAGCUUGGCCGAGGACGAAGAGGAUGACGAAGACGACGUUCCGUUCUUCAUCAGCGCACGAGCCGCGGACUUGGACGCGGGUCUGUUCCAUAACUUUAUUUCGUCUAUUGGCGACUUCUCCGAAGACGCGACGGAGGACUACGAGGCCGCAAGCGGCGACGGAGACUCCUUAUUGGUGCCUCUGAUGAUCCUCGAGGGCCCACCCGAUCUCGCUGAGGCCGCCGUUGUUUUGCAGGAAGAACUUAACCAUGACGGAGAGGAUUCUGAGACAAAGUCCGCGGCUGCGGACUUUAUCGCUGCAGACCUGAUGAAGAGCGAGGAGGCUGAAAACGCCCCCGCCCCCGCCUCCCCCACACAGACGCCGGUGCUCCGGCUGCGAAGAUCCAACGGCCUGGUCGCUUCGCUACUCAGGCCUAGGCGGUGA